AGCAUAUCAAAUUUGAUCUCUAAUUCCCUCUAGAGCCUACUACACCAAGACCGCUGCAUCCACAACCCAUCUCCAAGGCCAGAAGAUAGAAUCUCAGCCAGCAACAAACCAACAACAACCAUGACUGAUCUACAAAAGACUCCCUUCGUACGGGAGCUCGCAUCUAGCGACAAGAAAAUCCGGGACAAAGCAACCGAAUCCCUAACUCUCUUCCUGCGCUCCAGAACAGACCUCUCCCUGAUGGAGCUACUCAAGCUCUGGAAGGGCCUGUUCUUCUGUUUCUACCACUCCGACCGCCCCCUCACACAACAAGCCCUCGCCCGGAAUCUCUCCUACACUCUCGUCCCGACUCUCCCCCGCUCCGCUGUCCACCGCUUCCUGCGCGCAUUCUGGAUCACUAUCGGUCGGGACUUCCACUCGCUGGACCGGUUGCGACUGGACAAGUAUCUCUUUCUGAUCCGUUGUUAUGUGGGUGUUGCGUUCGAGGUGUUCGUGAAGGGCGCGCAGGCGCAGACUAAGGACGACAACAAGAAGCGGAAGAGAGAGGAGGCGGCGCAGAACGGGAAGUCGAAGAAGCGUUCGAAGGGGAAGAAGCAGAGCGAGGCUCGUGAGGAGGAGGAAGAGGAGCAGGAUGACGAGACUAAGUGGGCGGGUCUAGAGUCGUAUAUCUCUAUACUUGAAGAGGGCCCUCUUUGUCCGCUUAACUUUGAUCCCGACCAGCCUGCUACGGAUGAGAAGAGUGAUUAUGUUGCUAUGCCUCAUGGGCCGGAUGGGCUGCGGUACCAUAUCAUGGAUAUUUGGAUUGAUGAGCUGGAGAAAGUGCUUGAGUUUGAGGAGGGGGCUGAUGGCGAGCGCAAACCAAAAGCUGGUGUCCCUAUUGAUCUUAUCCUGAGGCCGAUUGAGAAGUUGCGCGCUGAGAGUCCGUACAAGCCCGUUAGGACUCGGGCGCAGGAAGCGCUGGAUGAUGAGCGGUUGAUCGAGUGGGGGUUUAGGACUCAGAAGGUCGCUGCGGAUUCGGAUGAUGAAAGUGACGAGGAAUGGGGUGGGUUUGAUUGAUUCUGAUGUAUUACUAGAAAAUGGGAUCUGUAUUGUGGAGGUCUUCUUAAUGGUGUUAUUCUUUUUCAAGAGCAAUUAUAGCGAUCGCAUAUUCGUCACAUCCGAUGACUGUGUUGCUAGUCCUGAGAAGUGGAU